ACGGCCGGUCGACAAUAAAUAUAUAGGUUAGUAGGAUAAAACAGCAAGAAAAUAAUUUAAAUUAUCAAGUUUUCGUUCCUUUUACAAAAGAAUAUAAAGUUAAUUGAGUGUUUGAAUUAUUGAAUCAGUGUUUUUAACAUGGUACUUUCAAGAAUUCAACGCUUUCCAUAUGCUUGUAAUUUAUGACUUCUAACACGAUGUUAUAAGAAAUAGUCGAAUCAAUUUCAUAUCCUAUUUCUUUUCCUAGUUGUGAUAACUUGUGAGUGAAUUAGAGAAUUAUAAAUACAUGAUUCUUCAUAAUCAACUCACACGUAUAGUUAUUAAAGUGCAUGAUAAAUAGCACUUCUAAUGCCCGAUUUGUGUAAACUUUUAACUCGUCUUUAGUGGUCAUCAAUAAGAUAAGUGUUCUGGCGCAUUGUAACCGAGUUCAAUAUUAUCAUCGUUUAUCUACGACUCAAAAUUAAAAAGAUUCGAGAAUUGUUGUUUUAAAAUUUAUAAUUACCACGUCUUUCAAAACAUCAAUUUUGUAGUUAAUAAAAAUUAAUGAAACACAAUGGGAAAACAAAACAGUAAACUUAAGCCGGAAGUACUUGAAGACCUCAAGCAGAAUACGGAAUUUUCAGAUGCUGAAAUUCAAGAAUGGUACAAAGGGUUUUUAAAGGACUGCCCCAGUGGACAUUUAAGUGUGGAAGAGUUUAAAAAAAUUUAUGGCAAUUUUUUUCCUUAUGGUGAUGCUUCUAAGUUUGCAGAACAUGUUUUCAGAACGUUUGAUGCAAAUGGAGAUGGUACGAUUGAUUUUCGGGAGUUUCUGUGUGCUCUAAGUGUAACCUCUCGAGGGAAAUUGGAACAAAAAUUAAAAUGGGCCUUCAGUAUGUAUGACCUUGAUGGGAACGGUUAUAUUUCUCGACAAGAAAUGCUCGAGAUUGUUACAGCGAUCUAUAAGAUGGUAGGGACAGUAAUGAAAAUGCCAGAAGAUGAAUCUACUCCUGAGAAAAGAACUGAUAAAAUAUUUCGUCAAAUGGAUAAAAACAAAGAUGGAAAAUUAUCUCUAGAUGAAUUUAUAGAAGGUGCUAAAAGUGACCCUUCUAUCGUGCGACUAUUGCAGUGUGACCCAAGCGCACAGGCUCAGUGAGCUCUUAGACAAUUGAAUAUUAUUCAAUAAUGCCUUUUAUGAUCCUAAUUUAGGGUCCGGCUCAAUGAUUUUACUAAUAAUUAAUCCAAUUAAUGACUAGUAUCAUAGAAGAGUCAAUUUUUAUCUUUAAUGAUGAAAUCUUGCUCACUUGUUAAAAGCACAAGUUAUGAGAGAUACGAUAUUUCUGUUUCUUAUACUUUGGCAAAAAAUAUAUAAUAAAUUUGUAAAUUCAGUUAGAGAAAGAUUAAAAGAAUAUGUUUAAAUUGCAUAACUUAUCAUAAUAAAUUGUAGGCUUUUCUAUGAUAAUUUAUGUUUAAUAGAAUUAUAUGCAUCAAUAUUCAUUUUUUAGUUUAAGCCGAAUCUGCGUCUCAGAGUCAUUGGGUCUAGCGCGCUUGCGCAAACCGCAAACUAGUCUAUAAGGCUAGUCCAGUCGCUCCGUCACAUUUGAAAUUUUUGCGGAAAAAACUUAUUGACAAAUAACUAUUAAUAUACAUUACAUAUUUAAUACUUUAAGCUUCGGAAUUUAUGAGAUGUAUCGUUUUACUGUAAAAUUUUAAAUGCCAAAGCUAAUCAACGAUCCUUUUUCGAUACAUAAGUAUAAUUAUGUCGAUACAUUAUCAAUUCUAUUGCAGUUCUUGUAAUAAAACGAUUAUUAGGACGAUUGGGAUAGAAAACCUUUUCAAAGACGAAUACAUGCGAUCGUUUUUGAGAGGUAUAAUAUAGGAGUCGAAUAAUGUUAUUUAAGUAAAAAUACAUAAAUCAAAUCAAGUCGAUAUAAGUCAAUAUAACUACAAUUUGCAAUAUUUAAUAAUUUAUAUAGAAAAUUAAAUUACGAUCAAACUUUUAUCUAGUAUUAUUGGCGUUCAGAAUGUGUUUUAGUUUGAUACUCAGUGUUUCAUUAUCGUUUAAUAUUGGAAAUAAGGUGAUUAAUAUAGUACAAAAGUUGUAAAAGCAAAGCCAUGAUGAAAAUGACAUGUCUAAAUAUUUCAUCGAUAAUUUGAAGUAAGUAGAGCCUCUAUUAAAAAAUAGACACACUGAAAAUUUCAUGUGCGAAUUUCAGUCAAAGGAUGAGUAAAGAAUAACUAAAUAGUGAACUUACAAGUAACUAUAUUUAUUUCCAUUCAAAUUGGCUGAACUCAUUAAAUUUGUAAAAAAAAAAACAAUUUUGAGUAAUAUUAAAAUUCAAAAAUUUAAAAAAACGUUUUCAAGAAGUCAAAAUUCUAAUAAAAUAAUGUGUAUUAAGCUUACUAAAUUUUUUAAAAUACUUGUUUUUCAGUGAAAUCGUUUUAUCUUUAAAACAUACUUUAAUAAUUCUUGCUGAUGAUUAUCAAUCUAAUUAUAUUUCGCUGUAACUUUGAAGUCUUAUUAUCUAUACACUAAAUAAAAUCGAAAAGCGAGACAUCAAAUUGUGGAAUUUAUCUUUAAUCAAUCAAUAAAAAUAAAACUAUAAAUUAAACUAUGGCAAACGUUCUUUUUUUUUUUAAUUAAAACUUGUUAAAUCGUUUUGUAUGGGCUUAUUAUAAGGAAAGAACAGUUAUGAAUGAAAUCAGCAAAUAAAAAAAAAAUAACAAAAAAAAAAUUUACGCAUAAUUAUGUUGUUGGAUAUACUCACAGGAAUUUAAGUUAUCUCAAGUCAAGAAAAUAUUUUUGGUCAGACGUUUUUCGGAACCAAGUCAAGAUUUUCUUGAGCCAAUAGAAUUUGUCUUGGUAAAAGAAAAUUCCUAUUGGUCAGAAGAGAUUUCUAUGUUAUCCAAAAAAUUAGAGGCUUUAAAAAAAAUUUCUUGAAUCAAGAAUAUUUAUUUUCAGUCAAUAAUUUUUUUUUCUGUGUACAUUUAAUAAAGAUAUUAAGCACAUUAAUUAACAACUAUUCAUAAUAUCCCGGGAAAAACGGAUUAGAUCUGAC